GCUUGCUCACGUGCUGUUUCCUGUUCUCCAUCUCCAGUGGCUGCUGGUGGUGCUGAUGGUGCUGAUGGGGUUCCAGCCUCCAGCCGACCGAGAUGCUGGAUGGAUGCGCCGCCACGGUGAGGCGUUCAGGGCCGGCUGGGAUUUUUAAGAGCGAGGCAGAGUUUGAGCGUUUGGAAACUUGUGAGGAUGGACAACCUUCAGAGGAACAUUGGGGAUUAUCCAUGGCAUCAUCAUCAUCAAAGAUGGAUUCCUCUCUGAUUGGUCGCUGGAGGCCGCUGCUGUGAAAAGAUGAGAUCAUAGUGAGAUCAGGUUCACCUUUACUCCUACCGAGGUUCACCUGGAUUCUGCUGAUGGUGAGAGGCACCAUGUCAGAGAGGUCUAACCCAGCCUGCUGAGGAACCAUGGACUACCACACCGAGUGCUGCCUGUGUAAUGCUGACGAUGGUCCAGGAGGUCUGGAUGAGCUCCACAGCAUCCACGCUCCCAACCGGAUCCGGCCGUCCUCAUACAGAGCGCUGCGGAGCGCCGUGUCCAGCCUGGCCCGCAUCGAUGACUUCUUCUGUGAAAAGAUCGGCUCAGGCUUCUUCUCUGAGGUCUUCAAGGUGCAGCACCGUAUCACAGGCCAGGUCAUGGCCCUGAAGAUGAACACGCUGGUGAGCAAUAAGGCUAACAUGCUACGAGAAGUGCAGCUAAUGAACAGACUUUGUCAUCCUAACAUCCUCAGGUUCCUCGGGGUUUGCGUCCAUGAAGGCCAGCUCCACGCUCUGACGGAGUACAUCAAUGGAGGCAACCUGGAGCAGCUGCUGGACAGCGACCUGUACCUGUCAUGGAGCGUGAGGAUGGGACUGUCUCUGGACAUCAGCCGAGGACUGGAGUACCUGCACAGCAAGGGCAUUUUCCACCGAGACCUGACCUCUAAGAACUGUCUGGUCCGCUGUGAAAACGGCGCCUUCACCGCUGUGGUUGGAGACUUUGGCCUGGCAGAGAAGAUUCCAGUCUACAGCGAUGGUGUGGAGAAGCAGCCGCUGGCCAUCGUGGGCUCCCCCUACUGGAUGGCCCCUGAGGUUCUGCGAGGAGAACUUUAUGAUGAGAAGGUGGACGUGUUUGCCUACGGCAUCAUCCUGUGUGAGAUCAUAGCCCGGAUCGAAGCGGAUCCAGACUUCUUACCGCGGACUGAGGACUUUGGUCUGGAUGUUGCAGCUUUUGAGAACAUGAUUGGAGAUUGCCCCACGGCGUUCUUCAGCCUGGCUGUCACCUGCUGUAAUAUGCGUGCGGAGAGACGUCCCUCAUUCUCUGAUAUUGUCUCCACAUUGGAGGCCCUGCGAGGAGAGGACAAACACGCAGCCAUCACUCUUGAGCCGCUGAUGGUGACUGUCAGCCCAUACCGGCGCCGCAGCUCCCCCUGUCACCCCGGAGACCACGGCCAACCCAGGAAGGGCCUGGCCAGGAGCCAGUCGGACAUGACGCCCCCAGGAGCCCUGACCCCGCCCCUCCUUGGAACACCUGCGCGGGUCAACCCCUUCUCCCUUCGCAGAGACCUAAAUGGUGGGCGGUGUAAACUGCUGGACACGCCCAGCAAGUCGGUCUUCUCCCUGACCUUCGCCCUGCCAGCGCGGGAUUCCUGUUGCUCCCCCCGCCUCCUCAGAGGUACAUCAGGGAUACAAGCUCCACCCAGGAGGUGCCAGUCGCUCCCCAGUACGCCCGAAAUCAGCCGGACUGCAGCGUUCCCCUGUGACAGCAGGCAGGAAGAGGGCAGGCGGCGGCAGGUUGGCUCUAUGGAGGCUGAUGCGAUGGUGGGGGGGUCAGAGAGGACGGAGGAUACUGAGGAGGGGGGCGGGGAUGCUGGUCUGCCUCUGGAGCUGGAGAUGGUUUCUCUGGAGCGGCUGGAGGAGGAGGAGGAGGAGAACAAUGAGGAGAGUGUCUGUCUCCAUGAACCCAUGGACUGCACCAAGUCCCCAGAACCAGCCAAGAGACCCCUAAACUCCGCCCACCUCAGACCCCUGCUGACCAACGGCUGGCGGCGGCCCAUCUCCAACGGACCGCCUUCUUUUCCUGCUCUGCCAAAGCUGGACAACAACAACCUGUCGGAGCUGGUGAUUGGCCAGCCGGUCCACUGGGGGCGGGGAUGGUACUCCAAUGGAUGCAGUGACGGCCAGGUCCCGCCCUCUGACCUCACAGGCUCCUCAGAACAAGAUGAGGUCACUUCCUGUCCAAGCUGCUGCUUAGUAGGUCUGAGUUUCCCCUCGAUGUGCCUCCGUGGCUCAGCGGCUGUCCCCGUCUCCCGGCGAAGGGCUUCGUUACCCCGACAACGGCAGUACCAGAACCUCAACGGUACAAUAACUGGUAGCAGUGCUUCCUCUUCCUCGGCCGCCGCUACUAAAACGCUCCUGUAUCGCAGCAGCAACGGACUGGUGGUGACGGACCGGUCCACUCCACGUGAGCCCAGCCGCUCCCUGCCGGAGGCGCAGUCUUAGCUCCCCCUCUGACCCACUUUAAACCCAAAGCUGAUGGUCUGAGAGGUGGACGGAGGUAGAAGGUCAUCAUGGAGGCUGAAAGGAAACGCCUCAGCGCGUCUGUUAGAGUCCAUAGAUGGUCCAAAGGUUCCGGAACGCUGGUGGGUCGCUUCUGCUCCGUACAGCAGAGUGAUGCUUGGGUUCCGCAGCGUGUUGUACUGACGUCAGACUGGAAAACGGCAUGAUGUUAGCUAGCAAACAGCAUGACGUUAGCUAGCAAACAGCAUGCUGUUAGCUAGCAAACAGCAUGAUGUUAGCUAGCAAACAGCAUGACGUUAGCUAGCAAACAGCGUGACGUUAGCUAGCAAACAGCAUGACGUUAGCUAGCAAACAGCGUGAUGUUAGCUAGCAAACAGCGUGAUGUUAG